GAGUUUGAAUGCGUACGUGAUGGUGAUGGGGAUGUGGUGAUCGUAUUCGGAGCAGAGUCGGAGACCCGCUUCAGCCCCUCGCUGCGUCUAUUCCUCCCAUUCUUGUGCCCACCCCACAAUCAUCUCUCUCUCUCUCUCUCUCUCUGCUUUUUGUUCGAACUUGGAGCCCCGCGGAACCCUCUCUACAGUCGGACGCAUUCUAGCUCACUACCUCUCCUCUCUCUCUCUCUCUCUCUCUCUCUCUCUCUCUCUAUGCAUUUUGUUUGAACUUUGAACUGUGAUCCAUCCUAGUUCAAGUCCAUACUUCCGUCAUUGUCCAUCUCCUUCUCGCCGAUUUGUUUUGGUUUUUGUGCCGCUGCAAUUUUGUGUUGUUUCGAUGGUGGGACGGGGUUAGCGCGGAAGAAGCAAGCAAUGGCUUCCAGUGCUCACAGGAAUGGGGUCCAAAAGGGGACUGUGAAGCUGGAUCGGGCUGCUACUCUCUCCAGUCUCAAGUCAUCUUCCUUCAAAUCCAAGCUCCCUCCACCUUCCAAUGUCCGCCGCAGCAGCCCUGCCUCUCUCGGCGCCGUUGCCUCGACCGCAAGAGAUGACGAUGGAGUUCCUGGAAGAGUUCGAGUGGCUGUAAGAUUGCGACCCCAAAAUGCAGAGGAGUUGGUGGUAGAUGCAGAUUUUGCUGAUUGUGUAGAGUUACAGCCAGAGCUUAAAAGGUUAAAACUUCGGAAAAACAAUUGGGACUCUGACACCUAUGAAUUUGAUGAGGUGCUAACUGAACUUGCAUCACAAAAACGUGUCUAUGAAGUUGUUGCGAAACCUGUUGUGGAGAGUGUUCUUGAUGGUUACAAUGGGACGGUUAUGGCUUAUGGUCAGACUGGUACAGGGAAAACUUUUACCCUUGGGAAGUUGGGAGAAGAAGACAUUGCGACUCGUGGAAUCAUGGUUCGUUCAAUGGAGGAUAUUCUGGCAGAUAUUUCUUUAGAGACUGAUUCCAUCUCAGUCUCAUACUUGCAGCUUUAUAUGGAGACAAUUCAGGACCUCCUUGACCCAUCAAAUGAUAAUAUUUCCAUCGUGGAAGAUCCAAAAACUGGUGAUGUAUCACUACCAGGAGCAACUGUUGUGGAAAUCAGGGACCAGAGAAGUUUUAUGGAUCUGCUAAGAAUCGGGGAGGCUCAUCGAUUUGCUGCUAACACGAAGUUGAACACUGAAUCUUCUCGCAGUCAUGCCAUUCUGAUGGUACACGUUAAGAGGUCUGUAUUGGGAAGGGGAACUGAUCCUUCAAGUGAAAAUGGUAAUCAUGCACAGUUGGUAACUUUUAAACCCCUUGUUGUACGCAAGGGCAAGCUAGUUGUGGUAGAUCUUGCAGGUUCAGAGCGCAUUCACAAGUCAGGAAGUGAGGGGCAUACUUUGGAGGAAGCUAAGUUUAUCAAUCUCUCACUGAGUGCAUUAGGGAAGUGCAUAAAUGCACUGGCGGAGAAUAGCACUCAUGUGCCAGUUCGUGAUUCAAAGCUUACAAGGCUGCUUAGAGAUUCUUUUGGUGGCACAGCUAGAACUUCAUUAGUUGUCACAAUUGGCCCAUCUCCACGCCAUCGAGGAGAGACAGCAAGCACCAUAUUAUUUGGACAGAGGGCAAUGAAGGUGGAAAAUAUGUUAAAAAUAAAGGAAGAAUUUGAUUACAAAAGUUUGUCAAGAAAGCUUGAGAUACAACUAGACAAACUCAUUGUGGAAAACGAAAGACAGCAGAAGGCUUUUGAGGAUGAAGUUGAAAGAAUUAAUUUGGAAGCAGAAAAUCGGAUAUCUGAUGCUGAGAAAAAAUUUGCAAAUUCUUUAGAGAAGGAAAGACUGAAAUGCCAGAUGGAUUAUAUGGAUUCAAUCAAGAAGCUUGAGGAAAAGUGGAUGAUGAAUCAAAAAAAGCAUGAAAAUAACGGCUAUAUCAAUGACCAAUAUAGUGGACAGGCAAAUGUGGUGCCUGUCAUUGAGGAAGUUGCUGAGGUAAGAAAAUUGCUUGAAGUUGAAACUCAAUUAAAGCAGGCAGCUCUGGAUGAGGCCAACAGUCUUAAACGUCAACUAGCACAAUAUACUGAUCCAGGGGCAGGUGGAAAUGCAGAACUAAUUGUGCUACGCAAAAUGGUAGAAGAUGAGGUCCAUCAAAAAAGGAAACUUGAAGAAGAGAUAGUUAUACUACGUGGACAGUUGUUACAAUUGACCUUUGAAACUGAUCAGGUUAGGCAUUCUCAGCUCAAAGAUACAGGAAAUGGACAGAAGGCCUCAGUUGCUAAACUUUUUGAACAAGUUGGCUUGCAAAAGAUCCUUUCUCUGCUUGAAUCAGAGGAUGCAAACAUACGGAUUCAUGCUGUAAAAGUGAUGGCAAAUCUAGCAGCUGAAGAAGCAAAUCAGGAACGGAUUGUAGAAGCAGGUGGUCUAGAUUCCUUGCUGAUGCUUCUAAGACGCUUUGAGGAUGAAAGUGUUCGCAGAGUAGCAGCAGGUGCAAUUGCCAAUCUUGCGAUGAAUGAGGUCAAUCAGGAACUGAUAAUGGCUCAAGGAGGGAUUAGUUUGUUGUCAAUGACGGCAGCUGAUGCGGAGGAUCCUCAGACUCUACGUAUGGUUGCUGGGGCUAUUGCUAAUCUAUGUGGAAAUGAUAAGCUGCAGAUGAAGCUGAGAUCUGAAGGAGGUAUAAAGGCAUUGCUAGGAAUGGUCAGAUGUGGACAUCCUGAUGUUCUCUCUCAAGUUGCCCGUGGAAUUGCAAACUUUGCAAAAUGUGAGUCGCGAGCAUCCACCCAAGGGACAAAAACAGGAAGAUCUCUUCUGAUAGAAGAUCGUGCAUUGCCAUGGAUUGUUCAAAAUGCCAAUAAUGAAGCAUCGCCAAUCAGGCGCCACCUUGAACUUGCUCUAUGCCACUUGGCACAGCAUGAAGCAAAUGCAAAGGAGGUGAUUAGUAGUGGUGCCCUUUGGGAGCUAGUUCGUAUCUCACGGGACUGUUCCCGAGAGGACAUAAGAAAUCUUGCUCAUAAGACUCUUGCUUCAAGUCCCACCUUCAGAGCUGAAAUGCGGCGAUUACGGAUUGAUUGUUAAUUACAGUUUGACAUGGCUAAUUCAUUUCUCUUUCUGGUCACUAUUUCAGAAAGGUGAUUUGAUUCAGGUAGCUUUUUUAUUGCACUCCUUGAGUUGGCUAGCUGAUCAAAGAGUUGUCCUAAUUAUCUGUAUUAUGCAAAGGGACAAUAUAGCCAGAAUCCUUGUAGUUUUAUGCCAAAAGAGGUGGCUUACUCGUCUUGAAGCCAGGUGGACAUUAGUUGACCUUUUUUUUUUUUUUUUUUUUUUCGGUUCUUUGAAAUGAGAUCAAUCUGAGAUCUAUCCUAGUGCGGCUGCUUCGGUUUCAUAUUGUACAAAUUAGUAUGCAUGAGCAAUAAAAUCAUCCUUUCCAAUGUUGUAGAAACCUUCAAAA